UUAAUAUCCAUUAAUCCUCAUUACCUUCUCCCCUCCCCCUCUCUCCUUCUCGUCACCAGCACAUCUCCACCCCUUCCUUCCUUCACGGACUUUAUCUUUUUCUUCCCUUUUUCCUCUACUUUUCUAGUCCCCCUUCCUCUCAUUUCACGAGAUUUAAUACAAAAUGGUUAAAAUCCUUGCCACUUCCUUCACUGUCUUUAUUUUGACCAUCUCGGCUGUUAAAGCCCAGACUACCAUUAACAUCGCCGAUUUCCCUACCAUCAAUGAAGUUCCUCCAAUUGAUUCUCCUCAGGUACAGCAGUGGUUGAAGGAGAUUGACCUCUCUGGUUCCCCUGACAUCGCUCCACUGCAGGCUCCAAGGGGCUCGCCCCCUACGUGCCAGGUCCCGGCCGUUCCCAAUUCCUGUGUCUGGACUUGUGAAGGUUGUGCUGCCGAUGAUGUCACCUCCUGUGCUGUUGCCAACACUUGGGGUUUGACAUUCGAUGACGGUCCCUCAACCGCGACCCCCACAUUGUUGUCUUUCCUCAAGGCCAACAAGCUCUCUGCCUCCUUCUUCCUCAUUGGCUCCAAUGUCAUUCAACACCCCGAAAUUGUGAAACAAGAGGUUAAGGAUGGUCAUCACUUGGCUUCCCAUACUUGGUCUCAUACUGCCUUGACCACACUCUCGAACGAACAGAUUGUGGCCGAGAUGAAGUGGACUGAGAAGGCUGUCAUGGAUGCCACAGGCCUUCGUCUCAAAUACAUGCGUCCUCCUUAUGGUGAUAUCAACAACCGUGUCCGUUUCGUCCUCAAGAAGUUGGGUUACAUCCCUGUGGACUGGACCGGUGAUCAAUUUGACACCAAUGAUUGGAGAGUUGGACCUGCUAAGGGCCAAUGGACUAUGAAUCAGGCAGUUAGUACCUUUACAAAGUCUUUGGAUACCUAUGUGGCUUCUGCCAAGACCUCGGGCUUCUACUGCUUGGAGCAUGAUGUCAGCAAGACCACUGUCGACGCUGCUUUGCAAUUGAUUCCUUUGGGUCUUACUCGUAAGAUCAACUUUGCUAAUGUCGCUGGAUGCCAGAGUGAUGCUUCCCCUUACCAGGCUGGUAGCACUUCCCCUAUUCCCAGCACCGCUGGCGUCACCACUGGCAACAGCACCAACCCCACCACUGGCAGUGGUAACGGAGCCGCCAAGCCCACCACAGGUUCUUCAAGCCCCUCGGGAUCUACAGGCACUUCCACAGGUGCUUCUACUAAAGGCAGUGGUACUACUGUUCAAAUCAGUGCAGGUCAUCUCCAGGCUGCCUCCGCCGGUAUUGUCUCAGCUGCUGCACUCGUUGUUGCUGGUGCCCUGCUUGCAUAAAGGACAUGUAGAAAGAAGAGAAUAUAUAUAAUAAUAAAUGUUAAUAGAUUUUGUUUACAU